AGUUCAGUAACCUAAAUAUAAAAAAAAAAUAUCAAAAUUUAUGGAUGAAAAUCUUCAAGAAUGGAAUCUUCUAAAAAUAAUAGCGCCGAGCGUUACGUUUUUGGGAAUUCUGUUUUACUUCAUUCCCAUAUCUCGUUCAUAUUUUCGAAAAGGAUGUCUGAUUUUAAUUGACGGCAUAGCGCUCGGGCUCAAAACAAUAUUAAAUUCCCUAGAACCAGAUUAUUCGAGCAAAUCUUACAACCUGAAACGCGAGGCUUUGAAAACUCGGAAAGAAAAACGGAAAAAGGAAGGUAAAUCUACGAAAAAUCAUUAUAAGGGUGCAGAAAUAAACAGAGAGUGGUCGGAAGUAAGACUCUAUCCUACCAGAGGCUUCCAUCAAUUUUCUGGAGAAUUCGUCGGCGAUUUUAAGGGAAACAAAUCAAUGAUGAGUAAAAAAAAUGAUAUCUUGUACCUGGAAAAUGAAGGAAUGCCUUCUAAUGAGGACCAAUAUUUUCCGGGCAUAAGUGAAGACGUAAAAAAUUCACGAAAAUCAAAAAAACGGAAAAACAAAGAGAAAUUUGAUAUUUACCGGGCUGAAGAAGAUUUUGACGAAGAACAAGAAGAUGACCAGGAGGUUAAAGAUAAGUUGCGGAAAAUUCGGAGGAAAAUUAUUUCGCUGACUGACGGGAGCAAGAAGGAGAGACAGCAGAAGGAGUUUGAGGCUUUAAAAUUAAUUGACGAUUUAAUUAAUGAAGAUAAUAUUAAUGUCGGUCAUAAAAGAAUGGAGUUUGAGACUUUGGUAGUCGAUGGCAAUAAAGUUAACGGAGGUAAUGACGGCUCUUGGUCAGGAAGGAAACCUCCAUCGGCAAGAAGGGAAUCCGCGAGACGCAGUCGGCGUAGCACUCGAGAAGAAAUAUCUCCCGUGGAUUACGAAGAUAUCUACUCGGAUGACUCCGAUGAUUUUUUACCCCCGCCGAUAAUUAAUGGCAAGUUUACAUUUUAA